AUGCCCCUCGAUACUCAUUUUACCGAUCCCGAAUUUCAAGAGGAAGCCGAAACCAACAGCAGUAGUAACGAAUCGUGGUCGCCUAAAAUCAAGACACGACGUCGUUUUUCCGUGGAAGAGACCCAUUUGCUCGAAAAAACGUAUGCCCAAGAACCGAAUCCAGUUCAGGAAGCCAUCCAGUCGUUAGCUGACCAAUUCGGAACGCCUCGAAGGACCAUUACUACCUGGUUCCAAAAUAGACGAGCCAAGCAACGAAGGAGGGCCCAGCAACGGGUGCCACCGUCAAUUGAAACCAGUCAAGUACAUCACCUUUCCGAACCAACCCAUCACUUUAAAUCAAGUGCGUCAUCCUCCUCGGCUUCCUCCGACACAGCAUAUCAUCAAUCAGCAUCUCAGCAAAUCUUGCUCAAAAAUGCGCAGGAUCACUAUUCGCUCGCACCAUCCACCGACACGACUUACAGCCUGUACAUGAAUGACUUUACCCACGACACAUUGUGUCCCUGUAUGUCAAUGGACCCCGAUUAUGCGUUAUCCGGGUGCUGCUGUGAAUUUAUGGAUUUCUCCUUGACACAUCCAUCCUCUUCCAUAGACUGGGCCCACCAAAAUGCGUACGACUAUGGAUCUGCACUGCCAAACGAAGGUCAAUUUCGUACCGAGCUCAUGGCUCCUUAUCCAUAUACAGGGUGCCCUUUACCAGUAACCGAAAUGGAGCCGUCGUAUUCGUUACUGGACACAGUGAAUGGUCAUCCAUUGGACUAUCGAGAGUCGAACUCUCAUCACCAAGAGACCAUCCCCACCGUUACCGCGGACGUAGUUUCGUCUACAGUAGCGCGAUCCGGUGACACGAUCUUUUCCGUUCACAACGCCCCAUUUACGUAUCCUCUCCAAAGCAACGGUCGCUGUUCGACCUUGCCAUUCUUGGAAGAUGUUGAAUGGUUCCAUGAGGCAUCGUUCGAUCCUCAAUCGAGUGAUCAUGCCCCAUUGUUACAGCCCAGCUCGCCCAGUUACGUAGCGUAUGACAACCCUUAUCAUGACCCACCAGUGACGAAAAAGGAGAAGGCACGAUUGGCGAUCAAAAAUCAAGCGCAAAAGAUGAAGCGGGCCCUCACUCGUUGA